AUGACGCGGUGCAGGUGCGUAUGCAAGUCUUGGUCCUCCCUCAUCCGCAGCCCUUUCUUUGUCGCCGCCUUCUCCAACUUUCGCAAGAGCACCACUAACUUCAUUUUCAAAAACGGCAACCGCUUCUUCUCUUCAAAAAUAGAGGAGGAGGAGCAACAAGGAGAAGGAGGAGGGAAUAAAUAUAAGGUUCUAACUCGAACACCCCUCGCAGAAAUUUCAUACCGGACUGGGUGCAUAGCUCUCGACCAUUACAACACUAAUGUUCAUAAACUGCAGAGCGUCCAUGGCUUGGUUUGUUCAUCCUUUAAGUGUGGCUCUGUUUUCAUACUUAACCCUACUACUCGAGAGUCCAUUCAACUUCCCCAUGUAAUUACCCGUGGAUUUGAUACAUAUAACUUUGGCUUCACUCCCCUUACCAACGAGUAUAAGGUUCUCCGGGUCAUCUCAUCCUGGGAACUUGGAAAAUGGCAUCAUUGGUUGAACGUAUACACCCUAGGUAGGGAUUCUUCGUGGAGGCCAUUGCAGGUAGACCCUGCAAUGGAGAUAUGGACCCUACACACAGGCACAUCAAGUACUGGAAGUGUGUGCGUCGAUGGGGCCAUACACUGGUUCAAUAAUAGGCCAAAAACCAUAGUUGUAUUUGACGUUGGAGAAGAGAGCUUCAGCUUGGUGCCACUACCGGAAGAUUUUUCUCAAGAGUAUAAUGAUAUUUUCGAUACUUGUUCCAAGGCCUUUGCAAGUAUAGUUGAGGUGGGAGGAUGUGUGGGUGUGCUUGUUGGCAAGUCGUGGAAACAUUACAAGAUAGUUUUAUGGAUUUUGAAAGACUACCAAAACCUUGUGUGGGUUAAGGAGACUAUUUCUAUCAGUGAGAUGCUAAGAGAAGCAACUUCCGUUCAAGCUUUGGGCACAAUCCACACAGGUGAGCUAGAACUCUGUUUUAAUGGAAUGUUGGAAGUCGACCACCCUACAUUCCAUUUACAUCUUUAUAAUAUGAAGAGUAAGCAAUAUAGAAUACUUGAUUUUGUAUUUAGUGAGGCUGCGGUAGAUCCUCUCAACACAAGGCCAAUUCAGUUUAGUUACUAG